AAUCCCAGUUUACAGCAAAAAGUCGCAAAUUUCUACUGUGAGAAACCCCUGGAACCACCACAGCUGUUCUGUGAUGAUGACAAAGUGACACUUUGUGUCAAAUGCACCCCAUCCCAGGAACACAAACACCACAUGGUGUAUGGAGUGGAAGAGGCAGCUGAGAAUUACAGGAAGUUGUUUCAAGAGCUAUUGAAGGCAUUGAGGAAGAAACUUGAAAUAGCUAAAAUCAUGUUGGCUGAUGAACAAGAAAGAAUGGUGAUGAUUCAGGAAGAUGAGCAGAAUUUUAAAGAGAUGAUUGAGACAGAAUAUAGGAUAUAUUUCCAGCUGUUAAAUGAAGAGAUUGAGAGGAGUCUCCUGAGACUGCAAGAGUGCGUAUUCAACUUAGACAUGAAAGAAGACAGUCUGAAUCAACUAAUCAAGUUAGGCACAGAGCUACAGGAGAAGUCCCAAAAAAUACUACAGACACUGAGUAUUUUGGCGAGAGAGAAUGUGAAUAAAUUGAAGGAGAGUGAAGUCUGGCUCUUUGAACAGAUCGGCAGUCUCCAAAGGGUCACUACAGAACUCAAGAAGAAGUGUGGGGAACCCGCCUUAACAUUGCUCCAGAAUGCAAGAUACUCUUUAGAAAGGAGUGAGUCACUACUGCUUCAGAACCUAGAGCCUGCCCAAAUCACGGAACUGAAUUUAUGCCAAAUAACAGGAAUGAGUGCAAUGCUAAGAGUGUUCCAAAGACAUAUAACUUUGGACCCUGAAACAGCUCAUCCUUGUCUGGUCUUAUCUGAGGAUCUAAGAAGUAUCAGAUUCAGAAGUAUCCAGCAGGAUGUACCUGGCAAUCCAGGGAGAUUUGACUUCAGUGCCACUGUGUUGAGUCUGGAGUGUUUCACCUCAGGGAGGCACUACUGGGAGGUAGAUGUGGGAAAAGCAACAAAUUGGCAAUUAGGCAUAUAUCAAGAUUGUGCCAGCAGAAAGAAUGACAUGCUCAAAGCUCGUGGAGAUAAAGUCUUACUCACAAGGUCCAUGAUGGGGACUGACUGUACCUUCUGGGUCUUUCCCCCUUUAAAAUCAGUUUCCUUGAGAGUGCAUAUGCACAAAGUUGGCGUUUUCCUAGACUAUGAGUAUGGGCACAUAUCAUUCUAUAAUAUGACCGAGAAAUCCCUCAUUUACAAUGUAUCUUGUCUCACCUUCCAUGGAACUGUCAGGCCUAUAUUUUCUUUUUGUAUUCCAAAUGAAGGCAUUAAUUCAGACUCUCUCACCAUUUGCUCCCCUCAUGUCCCUUCUUGUAAUGCUACUGUUAGCCCUCAGUCUUCCUUGGUGUGA